CGAACGGGUCAAUGUCUGAGGAGGCAUCGAAAAAUCCAUGGUCGGUGUGGUGUUGCCGUGCACGACGAGGCAGAGAAGUCGUCGCUGAUCGCCGAGUAUCGUUCGAUAUUGCCGCGUGAACGCGCGCGCGCGCGCCCCUUUUUCCCCGUGCUCUUUCCGCGUAACGCCGCGAUAUAUCGGGUGGCUGCUGCGAGAGCCCUGCGUGUCGUUUCUAGUCGGCCACCGGACCGGGGAACGAAAGAGAGUAAGAGAGACAGAGCAAGGCGGACCGAGUGCCGAUUACGGGCGUUGAACGCGAGGACCCUACGACAACGACGAGAACGUCGGCGACAGCGACGACGGCGACCACCAGUAGAAUGAUCUUUUGUUGAGUGCGAGCGCUGUCGAGAACGGAUACGACGACGACGACGACGACGACGACGACGUGAGAGAGACAGAGGCAGGCGGACAGGCAAAGGUACGCGAUCGCGCGACCGUUCUCUUGCUUCGUGAUUGUGAAGCCGCGUGCGACAGCAACGCGGCGAAAUGCAGCGCGGAAGCCUGCCAGGUAUGGGCGACGAGUAGCCCGAAGAGUGGAACAGCCGGAGCGACGAGACUCGUAGCGUAGUGCGACGGAGAGAGACGGGUUGUGAGAAAGAAAGAGCACGAGAGGAAGAGAGACAGACAGACACAGCCGGAGCGCAGAGAGGCGGCGGUGUUCUCGCGCGUGCGAGGAAGCGAGACAGAGAGGCGAAGCAGUGCCAAGAUAGCCGCGCGAGAGUGGCGGAGGAGGAACAGAGAGGGACAGACGGACGGGACAAGCAGGCGGAUCGAGUCGACGCGACACCGUCGUCGUCGUCGGCCUACCGCACGGUGGCGCGCGUGAGAGACAUCGUCGGCGGGCGGUCGAGAACGCGAGCUACGUGAACAGGAGUAGUGCCGCGAGAAAACGGGAUCGAGGAAAGAGCCUCGCCGUGAAAUCGCGCGCGGCGGAAGCGGCGCUGUAUAGAGAAGGGCGAGAGAGAGAGAGAGAAAGCCAGAGAAGAGCCGCAGCGCGCGCGCGCGCGCUUCUUUGCUGUGCGCCUCCGCCGUCGUGUGCGGUACGAGCCGUCCCGAAAACAUUAGCCCCAUCGUCGACGCUCGCACCCCUCGCUAUUCACCAGCAGCAGCGCUCCGCAGCGUCGUCCCGCGCCCUCCUCCGCUCAUUGGCUGGCGGCAUCGCGCUUCUCUCGGGGAUCAGCCGUCGUCAUCAUCAUCGUCAUCAGCAACGACGGCAGCGUUGGCAACGCGACCGUCUUACCGUCGAGAAAACGCAUCCUACUCGUGUGAACGGGACGUGAGCUGCGCGACAAACGAGGAGGAGAUCGCGUCCGGCUCGCGGUCGCGCUCGGGUGCCGAGAGAGUGCGCGUUCGUGUCGGUAGUGCGUCGGCAAGAAGAGAGAAAGAAGAAGAGAGGGUGGUGUCGAGAGUACGUAUGCACGCGCGCUCGACAGUCGUGUGUGUAUAGUGCGCGUGGACGACCGGCUCGUUCGUCAGUCUGUCUGCCAAAUCGUGUGUCAAUUCGCGCGUGUGUCUCUGCCGUACGCACGUACGUGCGUACGUACAUUCGCCGUAGAUACGGUACGCGCGUCGCUGGUGUCGCGGCACGCCAGAGGAAGAGAGAGAGAGAGGAGAAUCGCCGCGCGCGCUCUCUCGAGCGGAUCGCCAGAGCAGAGAGAGGAGACAAGAAGGCGGCAAGCUCUCGGAAGAGAGAGAGAAGGCGAGAAGAGGAAGAGUACGGCCGUGAAAAUUGCGGCGGCAACGUGUCGUUUCCCGGUUUUGCGUUUACUUCUCGCUUUUCGUCACUCUCACCCCCUCUCCACCACCCGCGCCACCUCGCUCCAGCCCCGUCCCGUCGCCCCUCUCACGCGCUUACUCUCUCUCUCUCUCUCUCGCUCGCUCACUCACUCACUCACUCACUCACUCACUCACUCACUCACUCACUCACUCACCUCUCCGGUGUUCCUUCCCUUUCGCCCUUCCCCUCCCGGCCGUCGAUCGAGCGCGGCCGUAGCGACGUAACGCAGAGGCGCGGGUAGGAAGAAAACACGAGCGAGUGAAGAGAGAAAAGGGAAAAGCGUGAGAGGAAGAAGAGAAGCGACACCUAAGAAGAAGAACGACGAAAAGAAGAAGAUAGUGUGUGUGUGUGUGGAGUCGAGAGAGAAAAAGAGUGAGAGUUGGUAGCGCGUUUUGUGCGUGCGUGCGUGCCGGGGUGCGUGCGUGUCGUGCGUGUCGCCGUGAGCAGCGCGAGCGAGUCGCGCGCUCCUCGUGCGAUGUGAUAAUCGCGGUUGUGCGGUUCCGUCAUUGAUGUGCGAGGUGGUGUUGACGGCUACGACGACGACGUCGACGACGAGGAGCGCCAGCACUAUUAGCACCACCACCACUGCCGCCGCGACUAGGGGCUGCUUUUUGACGUGCACGUACGCGCGGUGGCGUAGGAGGGGGAGGAGGAGGAGGAGAAAGUGCUACUGCCGGUGCCGGCCGAGGAGGCGGCCAACGACGACGAGCCAGGCGACAAUAGACGAGGAGAAGGCGGUGGCGGUCGAGACAGCCUCAGGAUGAGCGGACGACCGAGGACCACCUCCUUCGCCGAGGGCAACAAGCCGCCCGCGAACCCACCCCUGGGAGGCAUGAAAAUUAGCAGUGGUGCGAUGUACAAUGCAGGCAAGGAUGGCAGCAAGGUGACGACCGUCGUGGCAACUCCCGGCGCCGGACCGGAUCGUCCCCAAGAGGUCGCCUACACAGACACUAAAGUAAUCGGCAAUGGCAGCUUUGGCGUGGUGUACCAAGCUAAGCUUUGCGACUCCGGCGAGCUGGUCGCUAUCAAGAAGGUUCUUCAGGAUAAGCGAUUUAAGAACAGGGAAUUACAAAUCAUGCGCCGACUCGAGCAUUGCAACAUCGUGAAACUCAAAUAUUUCUUUUACUCUAGUGGUGAUAAGAACAUCUUAAACGCGACUAAUCCGGUUUUUCACGUGGACAAGGACGAGGUUUAUCUCAAUCUAGUCCUGGAAUAUAUACCCGAAACUGUGUACAAAGUCGCCCGACAUUAUAGCAGAAGCAAGCAGACGAUACCAAUCAGUUACAUCAAGCUGUACAUGUAUCAACUAUUUCGUUCGCUGGCGUAUAUCCACUCGCUGGGCAUUUGUCACAGGGACAUCAAGCCGCAGAAUCUACUUCUGGACCCGAACACGGGCGUCCUGAAGCUCUGCGACUUCGGCUCGGCCAAACACCUGGUCAAGGGUGAACCUAACGUGUCUUACAUCUGCAGUCGCUACUACCGCGCGCCUGAGCUCAUCUUUGGUGCUAUCGACUACACCACGAAGAUCGAUGUAUGGAGCGCAGGCUGUGUGUUGGCGGAACUGCUACUCGGCCAGCCGAUAUUUCCUGGCGACAGUGGCGUCGACCAGCUUGUUGAGAUUAUCAAAGUCCUCGGCACGCCUACACGCGAUCAGAUACGUGAGAUGAACCCCAACUAUACCGAAUUCAAAUUUCCACAGAUUAAGUCACAUCCCUGGCAGAAGGUGUUCAGGGCGCGUACGCCGCCGGAAGCGAUGGAUCUGGUAGCACGGCUGCUGGAAUAUACGCCGUCUUUGCGGAUGACGCCGCUGCAGGCGUGCGCGCACUCGUUCUUCCACGAGCUGCGCGAACAAGGCACGCGGCUGCCGAACGGCCGCGAGCUGCCGCCGCUCUUCAACUUCACCGAGCACGAGUUGCGGAUCCAGCCUGUGCUCAACCCCAUGCUGAUACCCAAGUACAUGCAAUCGUCCACGGAGAAUCCCGGCGGCGGUGGCGGUGGUGGCGGAGGCGGCCAGUCGGAGGCCACGGGCGCCGCCGUCGGCGGCGCGGCGGGCGCCAGCGGUAACUCUAGCGAUAACUCUAGCGCCAAUCCCAACAGCACCACCACCACGACCACCACCACGACCAACACCAACACCAACACCACCCAUAACACCGACAAUCCUGGCCAGUCGAACAUGGCCUGAGCCACUACCAGUCGCUUCAUCACUCUCUUUCUUUGAUUUCUUUCUCCCCAAUCAACAUCCCCAAACAUCCCCCUUUAUCCUCUUUCUUUUCUAACGUUAUUAUAUCAAAGUGUUAGAGUGUAAGUAGUCGUUCAAGGUGGAUGCGGUGUUGAUCGUCUACCCUGUCCCCUUUCUCCCCCCCAGGGGAAAAGAAACCUUCUGACGAGGAUGUCCGCGCUUGUUGUACGAAGGAAUGCGAAUUUCUCGAUGCGAUAUUAAUUAAUCGAGCAGAGGGUGGUCGUACCACCACUGCCCCGAAACAGCGUAUAGAUUUGUAAGAUUCUCACAACUUUUCCCAUGUAGAGAGAGAGAAAGCGCGCGAGAGAAAGAGAGAGAAAGAAGAAGAGCGCGUGAUGAUUACGACGGGAGUGUUGCGAGCUGCUACCCGCCCUUCCGUCGAAGUCGCGAAUUUCGGUGUGUAUGUACAUAGAAAGAAAUAUUCGGUUUCACUUUUAGUAAUGUUUAAUAACCGCCAAACCGCUAGACCGCAGGUCUAGUUAAAGAAAGAGGAAAGAGCAGGAGGAAGAUGUGUAAUCCGACGUUUAGUAGCGUGUUACGUUUUCGUAAGACACUACGACCAUCGUGCAAAGCUUUUGCAACGCUGCACCUUGUCCUUGCCGCCGAGUCGAUUCACAGUAUGUAUGUGUAUAUAUAUAUAUAUAUAUAUAUAUAUAUAUAUAUAUAUAUAUAUGUGUGUGUAGGCACCGGUUCCGCCGCCUUUAGUCACGAUAAUCGCGUUGAAAACGCAACUGUAGUUGAAGAUCACAGCCGAAUAGAUCCACGUGUGUAUGUAUAACGUUCCAAAUGACGUGAUGUUAACAUUUCAAAACACCGGCACGUUAACGUUCUGAGGCACACCGGCUGUGAGAGAUCGGCUUUCUCUCGAUGUUCGCGGCGGAAGGAUCAUCCUGCGAUCACCGCUCGAUGGCCUCCGUUUACGUUUCGAGAUGUCGAGUCGGAUGUAAUGUACAUAAAGAAACCGGUCCCUCUUUAACUGCUAAAAGAGACACUAAUUUAAAGGUAUGAACCUAAGAAGACAUAUAACCGAACGUCUCUGGGCACUCUCUGCGAAAGCAACAGAAGAAACAGACCACCGACGAUUAUUAGAGAAAAAGAGAAACCGCGUCAAUGAUUCAGCGAAUGAACCGUUCUGCGAAGUCGAGUCGAAUUCCCAGUGCGCGCGCGUAGAAACUGCUCUUUUUUGAUCACAAUGACGAUAACCUGAUCGGAAGACAGCUUAACUCAUGCACACAAUAGUCCAACGACCUGACGGUAACGUGACUUUCUGUUAAAGCACUGCACAAUCGGUUCGAUCAGGAAGACGAUCAGGGAGGACUGUCGCGCAAUUGACUCGUCUCAUUCUAGUGAUCCUGGAGACUCGAAGUCAACGAUAGAGAGUCAACGUGAAACGGCAACAUCGAGAACAACGCCUAUGACAGACAGACAGACAAACAAACAUAACGUCCCGUUUUAUCAUCCCGAAGAACACUCUUAUGUUACACUCAGACAAACGUGCGAGCGAAGAGAUGCGUUGACGUGAUCUAGGGAGAGUGUUGAGCGACGCGGUGUGUCUGCCUGCGUGUGUCGAUGGCGCUCUUUGAGUCGCCGCUUAUCAUUAUAUACUCCUUCAGGACGGUCGAUUUUUUCUCACGCACUCAGCGUCGCGAUGUAACCGCAUCGCUUGACCGGCAUCGCCGAGUCGUCGUUUAUUGCAUGCACUUUCCGCGCGAUUUUUCUCGGACUCUCGUCCUUCAAAAUUGUCCUGUCUUUUUCUUUAUUUUUUUUCUCCUUUUUACCCCCACAUGACGAACCUCUACUGACCAAUCCAGCGGAGCGAUUUACUUUUUAAGGCGACGACAUGUCAUCGACAUGUAUACACACAUCAUACACACACCAGCAGAUUGUCUCACGAUCAUAACGACGAGUUUAACGACAGAUUCCCUGAUUCUGUAAUGCUGAGCGGACUUGUUUUCGCGAAAAUUCAAGACGAAGAUGAGAUGAGAGUGCGCGACUUGAUGAGAAAGAGAGAGAGAGAGAGAGAGAGAGAGAGAGAGAGAGAGAGAGAGAGAGAAGAGAAUGAGCGAUGUGUUAAGAAGGAAGAGGGAAAAGCGUGAGAAGGGAAACCUCGAAAUUAGAGUUUUAUUGAUGUUGAAAAGUAUGAAUUAAGUUCUUUUUUUAACUAUUAACUUUCCCUCUCUUUAUUUCUUUUUUCCUUGUUUUUUCGUUAGUUGGUAAACCUCGUUUAGUUUUAAUUGAAAUCACCGUCGUCGGCUAUUGUCCCCCAUCCCUCAAUCGGUUUUCUAGAAGGGAUAGUACCACAGUAGGACGCGCUUCUUGGAAUGUCUUCCGAACUCAAAGAGAAAGGAAAAAUACAGUUGAAAGAUCCAAAACAACUAAAGAAAGAGACCGAAAUCAAAAAAAGAAAUCGUUAUAUUCGAGUGACGUUCUCGCGACUUCGACAGAACACUGAAGGCGUUUAACCCCCAACUGCCAUAACAAAUGCUUCACUGACGCGCCCCUGAGAAACAUUCUGAGGUUCAUUUUUUUGCCACCUAACUGGGACCGACCGUGAACUCGUGUUUCUGCGAAUCGUUUGUUUCUUCAGCGGCUCUGUGCAAUUUUGAGACAUUGUGCGUAUCCACUGUAUCGGUAGUGGUAGUAGUAGUGGUGGUAGUAGUAGUCAGGAGCCAAGCACUUCGUCGUUGAGUCAGGUUGAACAAUAGAAAGCAGAAAAAAGAACGGUCGAGUCGUCAGGCGAGCUGUCGAUGACGUCGAACGCGAUUGCGGUAACUUGUAAUAACGCAAACACAUCGAUGUACAGAUGAUUUUUUUUUUUUAAGAGAAAAAAAACUACGCUCGAGACGACUGAGACGAUCGCCGUGUCGCGUCGACGACGCCUUUUUCCGAGUCGAAUGCCGGGAAUUGAACGAGUUCUCGAGAAAGCGAGAUGAGAAAAAUAUCACAUUGAUAUGAACGCAUCGUCAAAGUAAAAUCGAUUAUGUUCGAACGGAAUUUUGGUUUGUUAGUCGAUCAGUUUAGGUGUUUUGGAUUAUUUGACGUUUAUAUGAGUUUUUGAAGAAGAAGAAGAGGAGAAGAAAUAGGAGGAGAAGAAGAAGAAGCGAUCAUCCAAUCGUUUCGAGCGGCGCAUUUUUGCAAGUCUUCGACGAGAGAGAGAAAGAGAGGGAGAGAUAGCUAGCCAGGUAGCUAGCUGUACACUGAUCGACUUCGAUCACCACGUCGAUAAUUCGUGCAGAAACGCUAUCAGCGCGCGUCGCGAGGCAUAUUCUUUUUUCUUUUUAGGCGAUACACACCAGAGGAUCGAAACCGGUGUGAGCCCGUCGAGUCGUUGUCCAAACUCAUUGCACGUAAUUAGCUAGCUCGUUCUGCGUGCUUAUUUAUAUGUGUAUAUCUUCAUUUGUAAUUCCGGUUUGCCGUUCUCUUCGUCGAUAACGAUCGACGAUAACACAAAUUAACGCGCGCGUGUUCUAUCCCGGCCAGCACCGAGUUCUAAAGGAUGUCCAAGAGAUGUCCUGCGUUCCUUCGGACGUCCUUUGAAACGUCUUUUGUGCUGUCCACAGGCUUGGUCGCCGGGCGGAAAGAUGGCAAUGUGUCUGGAUCUUUGGAAAGAAGGAAAAUCGCGAUCGCGACUUUCCAUCUGUUCCGAAGAUCGUCGCGAAUAUCGCCGACUGUAGCAGUGUCUCGACGGUGAAUCACACCGGUUUCCACCCGCAUUCACACUCCUUCGUAGGCGCGACAUUUGCGUUCAAAUAUCGCACGACAUCUGAGAAUUCGGAUAGAGAGAGAUCGGAUGCGAAUCUGCAUUCUGCGAAACGAUUGAAUCAUCUCAGACGCGCGCCUCAACGCACGAGCAUCGAAUCGCACAGUUUGAGUAUAGAUUGUUGAUUAUUUAUCAUAAUUAUUAUUAUUAUUAUUAAUAUUAUUAUUAUUAUUAAUAAAUGAAUUCAUCGAGUUGGUUUGCAUUAAUUUCUCUCUCUCUUUCUCUUUCAUAUACUCUGUACCUCUCUCAUAUCUCAUCUCAGCGCGAAGAGAGAAAGCAUUUCCGAGAAAAGUCGAUGCGAGAGAAGAGCUAUAGUGUAAAAAUAUCGAAAGUUCUAUAUAAAAUAUUAGGAUCGAUCGACGGAUUCGUUCGUCGUGUUGCCUUUUCCUUCGUUCUGUCUUUUUUCCCUUCUCGAUUGUUUGAAGCGCGCGACGCAGACGGGAUAAUCUGUCGGGAACGAACGAAUACUGCGAUCGAUCUGCAUUAAAGUAUAUUAAAAAAAUUACGUAUAUGUAUAAAAUAACGUUGAUAUCCGCAUAUGUGUGUGUGUACGUAUGCGGAUCAAUUUUAAUAAUAAUAAUGAUAAUAACGAGACGUUGAAAGAGAGAGAGAGAAAAAGAAAAAAAAACGACGUCGCUACUGUUGUAAAGAAAUCGACCGAGAAAGAGGCUCUCGCUCGUCCGAGCGAGCACACCUCUCUCUCAUUCGUAAAAAACAGCAUCUCAUCCACGGAUUCUCCCUUUUAUUCCUCCCCCCCGCUCCGCGUCAUCGUUAGCGCCCUUUUACCCGUGGCGCAGCGGUUGAAGUGUAACAAUUGUGUAAAGAGAGAAAAAAGUUAAUAAACUAAUUUAAUAUGUACAUAUACGCGUGUGUAUGUGCCAUGUGCGUGUGUGUGUGUGUGUUAGGCGUGUAUGCAUAUGUAUGUAUGCGCGCCGUGUGUGUGCACGCGUGUCGAGUUGGUGCAAGUUAGCUUGUUCCCCCGUUAAGAUUACGCUUGAGAUCACUUUGAGUCCUCGGAGACUUCGUAGGGAGAACCGAGGCAGAGACGCGUCUCGCCGGAUGAAAAGAGUGCUGCGAGGGACGAUCGAUAGAGUCAAAAAAGAGAGAGAGAGAGAAAGAUAAUUCUCUCCACGGAAACUGAAGUUCCCGCGGGACUGACGUCUCACGCGAAUGACCUCGUUACUCGUUGUACAAUUGCUGAAUUCAAUUGUCACGCCGUUUAACCGUUGAAAUUAGUUCGCGCGGGCGAGAUCUCGUUGCCGAGAACUUUUUGCAUCAAUCGGAUACAUGAUCGCUCUCGCAUCGCUAACGACGCCUCGGCCGUGACGUUAUUUCCGUUGCGGCUCGCACGCUAUUGUCCGUAUAAGGUAAGAAACGCUAAAUCGUCAUGAUGUAUCGACGAGGAGCAGCACUCUGUCUCUCAGCUUCCACUGUUCUCCUGAGAAAAUCGUAUCGUAUGUAAGCCGAUUGUUACAACACAGCGCGCAUAAUGUACGUAUGUGUAUGAGUGUGCGUGCGUGCGUGCGUGUGUGCCACGCGUCAAACGACAGAUAUCCCCACGGUAUCUCGAAGAUCACGUGUGGUAGUCUGACCGGGACAAAGUCGCUAGUUUAAUUAGCGAUUUCCCGAUAAACACCAACCAACAGUAACAUUACAUCCAUCUUGUGAUUUCCCACUCUAAAAUGACAUGGCGUGUAUCGCAAUGUAUAUCGCGUAAUUUCUUACUGAAAUAUAACACGCUGUGUAUAUUAUGUUGGUGCAAAAGGCUUAUCAAGAAAUAAAUUAUCCAAUUUCAAGAGAUCGAUGAGUUUUACGAGUAAUAUAGACGUUGACUCGGUGUUUCUUAGAAAUUUAAGACUACUCAAUUCAAGAGCUUUUCCCACUUUCCUUUAUCCAAACUUCCUGCUGGAAUUAUAAAAAACUGACAAAUAUUUUGUACCGACCUAAUGGCACAUUUUGUGUGUAAAUUCUGUUAUUGAGUGGGAAAUUGCAACACUAUUAUGCUGCGUGUUACUGUUUGCUGCUGGCCUCGUCUCGCGACGAUACCGCUUUGUUCUCUCGGCGAAGCCUCUUUAUACGGGAGAGACGCCCGGUUUGCCAGGACAUCCUCUUCAGAAGCGCGCUCACGCUCGCGCCGAGAUCUCGGGAUCCGGCGGCGAUCCGGAUCCCCCGUUAGCAGCGCGGUGAGAUUACCUCUCAAAUCGAAGGCACUCAUUAAAACGAUGAGAGACGAAAAAUGAAA